AUGGGAACGCAACGGAGAUUGCGUACGUGCGCGUCCUUCGCACUGCUGACGUUCCUGGGACUAACGUUGGCGCAGGAUGACUCGUCACAGUCUCGACCACUGAACGAUGGGUCGUUCAAGUUCGGUGCCAGGACAAGCUUUUCCUGCACCGGACGGGCGGCGGGAUAUUAUGCGGAUGUCGAAACCGGCUGCCAGAUCUACCACAUGUGCGAUGGGCUCGGACGACAGUUUAGUUACGCCUGCCCGAACACGACAUUGUUCCAGCAGCGGAUGCUCAUCUGUGAUCACUGGUACAUGGUGAACUGCUCCAAGGCGGAAAGCAACUAUGCCGCUAAUCUAUUGAUUGGUCAACGGGAUAAACCGUUUGUGCCGGAGGAAGAGAACGAGAUUCGAACUCCGCGACCCGAUCUUCUCGAUCGUCCUGACGCACUAGAUUUUGGUGCACCAUCGCUGAAGAACUUUUUCAAGUCGAGCGCACCUGCACGACAGAAUGCAAUUUUCGAUACGCAAGGUCGUUCCCGCUCGUCAAGUUCCACCGUUGUGGGAAAGGGGCAGAGUGAAAAGCGUACUACGACCAGCUCGAACGCAGAGAUCUUCCAGGAAAGUGCUAGCAACCAUGGAUUACCAAUUCACUGGAGUACCCGAUUUGCCGAAGAAGAUACCAAGCCAUCGAAUGACACACAGCGUAGCAAUAGUUCCCGGAACGAAGCCGGAAUCAAGACCAAACGGGACGAGGAUAAGAACGAGAGUCGUAGAACGAUCGCCAUUACGACUAGCGAACGCCCUGCGGUGACGGUAAAGACGCCUUCUCGGCGUUACGAACCUCCAUUUACGCCAACAGAAUAUCAACAACGCUCUUCCAUCCAACAGCCGGUCCCAACAGCUGAUUCCAAUCUCAAUACGAUCCCAACAACGGUAGCGCGAGGAUCUUCGUUUGCAAGUGUGUCCACGACGACGACCGCGACCACUACAACCACCGUGCGACCCCGCGUUCCAAUCACGCAGCGCAGCUCAGUAAACUCUCCGACACCGGCAAAACCUCUCACAACAACAGCAUCCGCUCGUACGGCGAAACAACCAAUCCUUACCACCCAACAGCUUCCCCGACCACAACCAGUACAGUUUCAACCACUCUCGUCCGGCGCUAAUGUGUCCCCAGAUCUGUCCGAUCCGCGCCAAUCCAUUUUGCCACCGAAAUCGAUCCUCUUUAGCCCGCCUGCAGCAACUGCCGGGCUGUUUGAGAAUCGCUUCGCCAACCAGCGUCCUCAAGUAGUUCCAGCAGGAGUAUCCGAACCGUCUCGGGAGCUGCUUCCACCCUACGAGAACUUGGCUAACUUCGACCAGAUUAAAACACGCUAUACCAGCGAAUCGAUCUAUACGCGUCAACCCAUCACGAACGAACCCUCAGCUGGUCCAAUAAAGACAGCCAUCGAUAAGCUGGCCAUUGCUGAUCCACUUCCGGCCGCCCGACCAACCGCCGUAAGUCAAGAUAAAAUUCCACGCCCGUUCAGCGUACCGAAACCUGCCAACGAUCUAGUGCCACCGCACAAAGAGUACGUAUUCUAUGACGAUGCGACCACUCAAGGUCCUCCGAUAUACUAUCAGUGGAAGUGGUCCGUUCCGUCGUUUGGUUUGGAUCCACCCGGUCUCGAACCUCCAGGUGCACCUGCUGCAGGACCGCAAGGUAGCCUCGAUACACUCUUGCCACCGGUAAGCACUCGCAAGGUGGACGAUGCAGUAUCGGAUGAUCGGUUGAUCGCACAGCUAAACCCAGCCUCGCAGGAACACCAGGGACAUGAUGGAGGACAGGGCCGUGAACACAACCAGACGGCACGCUCCAUUUCCUCCGAAACGGGCAAUCUGGGUGAAAAUCGGGUAGAGGUUGAAAGCAAGCUGGUACUUCAGCUACCCCAGCACAACUACAAUCAGCUCCGACAACAGUUUGCCAUCCCGGACUUUACCUUCCCGCUGGACGGUGCAGCUAAAGAUGGCCAGUACGCGAACGUGGAAGCUGUCGAUUCGUUUCAGGUAAAAAUCCCCAGUGAUGCAGCAUCACGCGGGAGUUCGGCUGGUGUUACGGCGCGCACGUGGUACGGGGAAAAUGCACGAUGUCCCGAGUGCCAUCCCGGUUUCUUACGGCCGGGUAGUUGCGAACCGUGCGUAAAAAUUCGUCGAUGA